AUGAGUCUUGUGGAAACCUACCCCGUCUUGUCCGUGACGUUUGCCUUCAUGGCCUUCAUGUUGGUCUGGUCUCAUUUGCGUGAAUGGAUGGACUUUGCGAGCCAUUCCAAUUUGAAAUACAAAGUCUUGGAUUUCUUGGGUUCCUUUAUUUAUUACGGACCCGACAUUGGAGUCGAGGCUACCUUGACACUAGAUGACCCAGCUCCGGGAGUCUUGGAAAAACGUUUGAAAGGACAAGACUACUUGGCUUCCAAAUUGGGCGGUGGUGCCACUCACAACAAGCGUGGACAAGAGUUGCAACCUAAAUUGGUCGACUGCCGUUUUGCCCUGGCCAAGGUCUGCAUGCCCUUGUUGCGGGAAUUGGAAUUCUCUCCCGCCAAGCGCAACUUUGUCACUGGGGUCGACACGGACAGUGGCAUGCACCUGGUCACGGUCGAUACGGGCGACGAGAAAACCGAUCCCCUCUUGUAUUGUGGAUCAGAUGCAGUCCAUACAUUAAGUUGCAAGGACUUUCAUGCUCCCAUUCAAACGGAAAUUAACAAGCGCAUGGAUUUGGAAAACAACAAGGAAUCCAGCUUGAGAUUUGCUCCCAUUGCCUUGAACACGGAAUUGGAAAAGAAUGCCAAUGCCAUUUUGGAAUUGACUGGAUUUGAUCAGGUUCGUUAUUCUCUUUCUGGUUCCGAAGCCAUGGAUGCUGCCUUUAAGGAUGUUCGUGCUUCCACUCGUGGAGUUGGGGACUUUAUUGUGCGAUUCUCGUCUGCCUACCAUGGACACGUUUCGGGAGUGGACUUUUUGAAUUCCCAAAAGGUCAUUUACCUCAAGGAAUGCUCCCAAGAGUCGUUGGAUUUUAUUGAAAAGUACCACUUCCGCAUUGCUGGUGUCGUUGUCAACCCCAUGCAACACUUUACUGGAAUCAACAAGCCUAGUCCUCCCGGUGAAAAACUAAACAUGGGAACACGUGUCCGUCAAGCUACUUCUCGGGAAGAAUAUGCCCAAUGGUUGCAUUCUCUUCAAGAAAAGUGCCGUUACUGCACCAAGUACUUGACCAAGAUGGCUUUUAUCGUGGAUGAUAUCUACUUUGCCUUUCGUACUCCCGAACUAUUCUCCAAGGACUACUUUACUUACCAAGGAAAGGCACUGGAACCUGAUGUCAUGGUCUUGGGCAAGGGUGUGGCUGCUGGAUAUCCCUUGAGUAUGGUCCUCGGACGUCGGGGAUACCUCAACACUUACGACAAGAAGUUCUUGCUUCAAGUCAACAAGACUGUCGGAACUCUUGCCGCCUGGCAUGGUGGUUUGGUUGCCUCUAACGUCUUUCUAGAGGCAAUCAACAAGGACAGUUUCAUCAAGGAGCCCGUCAAGAAAACUUUGACGUCCAUGGUGGAAAGAUUCGAUGCCUUCUCCACCAAGUUGAAUGGUAUGUACGAAAAGGAAAACUUGCCUGUUCGAAUCCACAACUUUAGCAACACUUUCAGCAUCAACUACUUGGUUGGAAGUUUGUUCAACAGCCGAUACCCACAAUACCUCAUGGCAGAGGGUGUCUUCCUUGGUAACUAUUCGACUGGAAAAUUCAACUUGAAUGCUGACACUACAGUAGCCGAUUUGGACAAGGUUGCCCAAAAGUUUGUCGAAGCUGCCAAGAAGAUGAAAAACGAUGGAUAUUUUGAGCCACAAAAGAACAAAAAGUCCAUGAUUAUGAAAUUGGCUGGACGUUUCACUCUCAACUACUUGAAGCUGUUUUACGAUCAAAUCAUGUUGGACAAGAAGAUUGAUAUUGAUGUCAGUCACAAUCAUCCCGUCAACAAGUGUGGCCACUUUUGGAGUUCGGUGUUUAUGAUCUUGGUUGCCUACCCAAUGAUCUAUAUGGGACACCCAGUCGAAGGAUGCUUGUGGUUCUUUUUGACUCACGUUGUCCGUCAAUCUGGUCACUUUUUUUACGAACACCAAGAUAAAGAUAUCGAAAAGCUCAAGUUCGGACACAAGGAUGCUUCCAAGAAGGAAGCUGUUGUCUUUUUGGCUUUUGCUGCUAUUGUCUACCACAACCGCGCGGCAUUCUGGGAAAAGAUCUCACAAUACGUCACAAUUGAAUUUGGGUUGGAUCAGUACGUGAGCAUCGUGGCUCUCUUCACGAUCGCACCCCACGCAGUUCAAAUCACCUACGAGUAUGGCUUCAUCCGAGGAAUGUCCUGGCUAUUGAAGAUCUUGACUGAUCCUUUCACAGAUAUUCUUGAUUUCUGGCAAUACGCCGUUAUCAAUCCCAAGUGUUUCAUGGAUGUCAAAGACCACAAGGCUAUUUACAAGCUUGACUUGUAUACCAAGAAGGUGACGAAAGUAGACUAA